UUCUUUCCUGAAUUUACAGAGCAAGUAGGUUUGUGUGAUCUUUUGUAAUGGAUUCGAAGCCCGCGAAGGCGAAGGAGCAACUUGCUCCCGUUGGAAAGCGUUCCACGCGUGUUAAGGGACCGGCACCGAAGAAAGUUGGCCGACCGCGAAAUUAUGCUCUGGUGCCAGGUCUUAUGCGUUUCAGCAAAGCACGCAUGUACCAGCGAAAAGCACUGUACAAGCGAAUCAAGCACGGCGAGAGACCUGCCUUGAAGAAGACCAGGAGCCCGCGAUUCAUCAAGAAGGAUGUUGGAUCCGGGAACGCGAAGGGAGUUAGGAACGUGCGUGUGAAGAAGCACCCCAAGAUCGUGCAUCCC